AUGGACGCCACGAACUUUGGAUGGACGAGCGUCAGACCGGAGAGCGACGAAGAGCGAUUCGGUAUGCGGUCACAAGAACGGCAAGCAGCCUUCGACAAGAUUCCCCAGUGGCACCUCCAACGUAUCCUCGCGAUGUCUGGCGCAGCUGGUUGGCGCGAAGAAGCUUUCGAUGACGACGACGACGAUGAUGCGGAUGGCGUGCCCGCUCGGGAUGUUGACGGCUGGAUCCGACAACUCCCUGAAUCACCCUCCAGCCAGCGGGCUCGAGGAUACAUCCGAAGAUCUGUCACCUCCUCACAAGCGCGUCAAGCGCCGUCAAGACUCUUUUCUUCCCUCUCCAAUGUCACCAACCUCGUCCACUCCAUUUCUACGCCGACCAGACAGAUCUACGUUGGCACCCUUCGCACGUUUUGGAAGGCGGAAGACGUAGACGCAUGGUCUGGUCAGAUCUUUGUCGACGACAAUGCGAAUUUCAGAGGCACAGAGACUGUCGCCAACAUGAUUUCGCUAACCUCUACCCUCCACACCUUCCACACUCAAGGUGCGUUCGCGCUGCGCCCCGUACAAAUCUCCGACGACAAGAAGCAGUUGGAACUAGAGUUCCAUUGGUUGGUCAUAGAGAAGCGCGAGAAAGGCACCAAGGCCAAGCUCAUGGACAUGCCGGAGUCCUCAGAAGACCGGACAGAGUCUGGCGACGGCUACGGCCCGUUUGCACGAAGGGAUCCCAACGGCAGCCAGCUCCUGAAGAGCGGACAUAGAUUCAUCAUGUCCACCGACGACCCGCUGCAAAAACCUUUGCCGGACCCAGGUAAGCUUACCUGUACAAAACGCAUGUGA